AUGUCUUUAUCAACACAUUAUCAUGCUCACAAGCCAAAUGUUCCCAUUAUUAUGGAAGAUGUGUUUGGAUGGGUUCGCGAAGGAAAUGCGUUUCAAGUAAGAGUUUGGCUCGAUGAUCAUGAACACGAUUUGAAUGUUGGGUUAGUUAAAACUCACUUUAAUUUUAAUUUUUAAAUUACAAUUAAUUUUUUUCUAGAGAUGAUCACGCAUUUUCACUUCUUCAUUGGGCUUCGAAAGAGGGCCAUGUUUCAAUCGCAGAAAUGUUACUUUCACGUGGCGCAAGAGUUAAUUCAACAAAUAUGGGAGAUGAUACAAGUUUACAUUUGGCUGCAGCACACGGACAUCGACCAAUUGUUGUGGUAAGAAUUUGAUGAAUCUUGAAAAAUCUAUUUUUUAAUAAAUUAAAAUUAAGAAAUUACUCUCACGGAAAGCUGAUGUUCACGCUACAAACGAACACGGAAUGACAGCAUUACAUUACGCGUGUUUCUGGGGAUAUGAACAAAUUGCAGAGGAUCUCAUUCAAUAUGGUGCUUUGAUUGGUGCUUGUAAUAAACGUGGACAAACUCCAUUAGAUGUUUGUCAACCACAAUGCAAAAAUAUUAUUCUUGAAAUUGCACAUGAAAAUGGGCAAAAUGCCAACGAACAGAUUCCAUUCAAGGAUACAACUUGGAAGGGAACAAAAUCGAGAACACGCGAUGCAACUUUGUCGAGAUAUACUGGAGUUGAUGUUUCAUCGUUGAAUUUGAUCACAAAGGUGAGGAUUUAUGGGGUUUUUUUCUUGAAAAGUAACGGUUCUGGAGCUUUUAUUAAAAAUAAAAUGUUUCCAAAACAAAACCGCUAUAUAUAGUCCAUCCUGACGAAUUGAACAUUUGACCUACCGAAUGUUUAUAGUUUGAAACCAAAAUAGUGUGUAAAACGAGAGAUUCAGACAGUAGAUCACAAAAUACCACUGAUCAAUUCGUCAGGAUGGACAAUACCUCAAAGUUUCCUAGUAGAUCAAAAACAUUUUUCUCCAAAUAUCUCACUUUUACGUUUAAUUUUGUCUUGCUCUUAAGAUUGUGUCAAAUUUAAUAAAAACUUGUGCCCUUAUUAAAAUUGGUCGAUUUUUCGAAAAAUAUACUUGGGAAAAUGCCCUGAGCAAUAUUUUUCAUCCUCAAAUUUUCUAGAUCGCCGAAUCUCAUUCUGGUGAACUUUGGCGUGGAAAAUGGCAAGGAAACGAUAUUGUGGCGCGAAUUCUAAAUGUUCAAGAAGUGACACCUCGAAUCUCGCGCGAUUUCCAAACCGAAUUUCCAUCUCUUCGCAUUUUCGCUCAUCCGAAUAUUUGUGCAGUUUUAGCGGCAGCAAAUCAACCACCAAAUCUAGUUGUUAUUUCACAAUUUAUGCCAUUCGGAAGUCUUUAUAAUGUUUUACACGAACAAAGUUGUGAGUUGCUUUUUCUUCAAAUUUUUUGAUAAUGCAAAAAAUUGAGACUUUUAUUUUAGCUGUCGUGAUUGAUCAUAGUCAAGCAGUUCGAUUUGCGCUCGAUAUUGCAAGAGGAAUGUCAUAUUUACACAGUUUAGACCCAAUGGUUUUGAGGUAAUUUUUUUUGUUUUUAAAGCCUGAUUUGUUUUAUUCGAAAAAAAUCUGUUUCAGGUAUUAUCUCUCUGCUAAACAUAUCGUAGUCGAUGAAGAAUUAACUGCAAAACUAUCAAUGGCCGAUACAAAAUUCUCAUUCCAAGAAGUUGGUAAAAUCUAUUCUCCAGCUUGGAUGAGUCCAGAAGCUUUAACGCGAGCACCGGAAGAUUUGAAUAUUCGCGCGGCUGAUAUGUGGUCAUUUGCCAUUAUUUUAUGGGAAUUGAAUACGAGAGAAGUUCCGUAUGCGGAUAUUCCACCAAUGGAGUGUGGUAUGAAGGUAAUAUCUUGGUUUUUCUUUAAUUAGUCUAAUUAAACAUUUUUUUUUAGAUCGCCCUUGAAGGACUUCGUGUUCAAAUUCCACCUGGAAUUGCUAGAAAUAUGUCAAGACUUAUGAAUAUUUGUAUGAACGAAGAUCCAGGUCGACGACCAAAUUUUGAUCAAAUUAUUCCAAUUCUUGAAAAAAUGGCCUUAUAG